GGUAGGAGCAGUUAUGAGGGGAGUGAGGGCGGUGGGGAGAGUGAGGACAGCUGGAGAGACGGCGGCAGCACUAGCAGCCGCAGGGGCAGCGGUGGCAGCAGUAGCACCGAAAGCGAAGCGUCCGAAGACUCGGAAGAGGAGGAGGAAACACCUGGAUGGGGGCCAGAGGAGGAGGAGGAGGAGGGGGAGGGGGACGAGGGUGGCAGUGAUAGCGAGGAAGGCGGCCGCCGCGUCAGAGGUGGUGCGAGAUGGAAGAAGAGUAAGAGAUGUAGACAUGCGGCGGCAGCAGCAGCAGCACCCAUUGCAGGGAGGGAUACAUGGGAGGAGGAGGAGGUGGAGGGGCGGAAGACGCGUUUACGGCUACGCUGCAAGCUAGCAACAGCCGCCACCGCCACUACCGGCCCUUCCUCGUCGUCGUCCGCCGCUCCACUCAUGGUGCCAAUCAGCGAGGCGGAGUUGAACGGUCGCGGGACCGACCCGCGGGUCGCUCGGCUGCUGGUGGUGUGCUCAAAGUACGAGACGGGGUACGACGACCCGCGACUGGGCGCCAUGUUCAUUGACAGGCCGCUCUCCGGCUCCCGCGCGGUGCAGGUGCUGGGUCGCCUCAACCGCCCCGCCCCUCAUCUGGGCAAGCGGGCGGCGCUGGUGGGGGUGACGGACUUUGUGAACAGCGCGGGGGUGCUGCGGGAGGCGUUCGAGGAGUUCUAUGACGUCACCUGCCUGCACACGGGCAGGCAGGCUCGGCGGCUGCAGCAGGAGCGGCAGCUGGUCCGCACGCUGGGUCGCAUUCUGGAGGCGCUGCAACCCGCGGCGGACACACGGAGGGGGGAGGGCGGGAACAAGGACAGCAGCUGCAGCAGCUUCAUGGGGCAGGGGGCACAGCAGGCCAUGCUGGCGUUCGUGGGCUUCUGCUCCCAGGCCGCGGUGACCGGCAAGGGCCCCAUCGACUGCCUGACCACCCACCUGGCUGACCCCGGCCACAACAACAUCUACACCUCCUCCGUGGGUCCCGAGACCUGCGUCACCGUGGCUGUGCUGUGCGUGCUGCCCAUGAUCAUUGAGGCCACCAAGACCCUCAACCCGGGCAAGGAGUCCGUGCCGUACUUCCCCUGGAACGAGCCCUGGUCCAAGGUGUAAGUGACUGCGGUGACUACAGCACCAGCAACACACGGGGGCAGUAGGAUCGGCAACAGCAGCAGGAGCGGCAGUUGUGUUGUGUUGUCGCAUGCAUGGGCAGCUGCAUGGAUGGAUGCUGGGCGCCCCCCGCUAGGCAGUGGUGGUGUGCAAGCCCUAUGGGGGUUGUCCCACAGGGAAGGGCCGGCCGUGCCGUUUUCUGCCUGCAGCUGGGCAGCUGUAGCAUGGGCAGGGAGGCCAGUUGGCUUUGGACUGUCUUUGGGAGUGGAGUGUAGAAGGAGAGCUUGUUUUGGGUUUAGGAAGAGACGGGUGUGGAGCGGUGUUCACAGCCACAACGUGUUUCGGCGGGUUCGUUGCGGGCAUGAAGGGUGUGCGCAUCGUCGCCGACGUGAAGAAGAAAGAGUCGUGCAUCCCCAAUUUUGAAAGAGAAGAGAAGACCAAUACUCG